GUUGACCUGCUUCCCAUGAGCCUCUGCUCCCCCACCACCCGUUUAAAAACGUGUUCUUUACCCGGCAGCUCUUGCGCGGCCCUCUUUAGCGGACAGCAAAAGGGUUCAAGAUGGCUUCCGUCGGUAAGUUCCGGUCUUCUAUUUGGACGCCGCGUUGCAGAUAGAGGCUGGUAUAAAGUACCAGUGAAAGAGAAGAAACUCAUGGAUGUCAAACUAGGGGAGCUGCCCAGCUGGAUACUGAUGCGGGAUUUCACCCCUUCAGGCAUUGUGGGAGCAUUUCAGAGAGGUUACUACCGGUAUUACAACAAGUACAUCAACGUGAAGAAAGGGAGCAUCGCUGGACUUAACAUGGUGCUGGCAGCCUACGUGCUUUUCAGCUACUGCUUUUCUUACAAGGAACUUAAACACGAGCGGCGACGCAAGUACCACUGAAAAGGGCCAGUGUCCAGGGUACACUCUAGACUACCUGCCUCCUCCUCCUCCCUUCUGUGAACAGCUUACUCAUGGCUGAAUCUGUUCACAGCCUAUGUGAGAAUUAAUGGUCAAUAAAAGGUACAAAUGCU